AACCUCCUGUGGAUUCUAGACACCUGGCUGGAGACUAUUGCAUUGAUUAGGGGUCGCUGUCUAUCAUGUAUGGGGUGAAAUGAAGUUUCUUUGAGGCAUUACUUAUUCACACAGCGAGGCUUGAAUUUGUUACAGCUACACCUUAGUCUUUAUAGAUUGCGAUCACUGGGUAUGCAAGCUUUGAGGCGACUACUGGUACCUGGGAUAGUUGCAGAGUCCUUGUCAAUUACAUCUUGUCAUAUAUUCCCUCUCAACUAUCACUUUUCAAUGUUGGUUGUACGAUCUCGCAACUAGCGACGCAGAUUUUUUUAGUGACUUUAUUCACUUGGGAUGUUCACUUUUGUCGAACUCUAGCUGCACUCAAGCAUUGAUUCAAGGAUUUUACGGUGCUUCUACCUAAGGUGAGGAAUCUUUGAAGUCUUUUCGUAGAGUGCUUGUCCAGUAGGGCCUAUGGGUGUCCCAAAAAGAAGGAGGUAAUAGCGUUAAGGAGAGGACUAGAAAACAACGACAAGAGACGAUGUUCUCUUGUGUUCACUUUCCCAUCCGGAGUCGUCUGUCUCAAACGUCGCAGAAAGCUAGGGAUGGCAUGAAGAAGUUGAUGCAGAUACCGCUUCUUUUGGCCGCCGUGGAUCGCAAGGGGUCGUCACCCUUGUUGGCCAGUGUUAUACUCUCAAUUGUGCUUCUUCUUCUUGCGACUCUCCAUCUGGGAUACUGUGGCUACCACUCAAGAAUUGAAGCUAGCACAGUAGGCUGUGGCAAGGCCCAAAACGUGCGAGAGAUUGCCAAUGAGGCCCAGAUGACUGGACUGACACCCCCUCCCAAGCUCGCUUACUUGAUCUUGGGUGCCGGUGGGGACGGCCUUCGAAUGCAACGGAUGCUGCAAGCGCUGUACCACCCACAUAAUUACUACCUUCUGCAUUUGGACCGUGAAUCGUCAGAGGAUGAGCGCAAGAAUUUGGAUCGGUACGUGAAGCAUGAGCAGGUGUUUCAAGAGGCGGGGAACGUCUAUAUGGUUGCGAAGCCUAAUUUGGUGACAUACAAAGGAUCGACCAUGAUUGCUGCGACGUUACAUGGGGCUGCUAUUUUGCUCAAGAAAGCCAAGGAUUGGGAUUGGUUUAUUAAUUUAAGUGCUUCCGAUUAUCCUCUUCUUACUCAAGACGAUCUGCUUCACGUUUUCUCCUACUUACCGAAGGACCUGAAUUUCCUUGAGCACACAAAUGACUUGGGCUGGAAAGAGGAGCAGCGGGUGAAGCCCAUCAUCAUCGAUCCGGCACUGUAUCAGAACACGAAAACCGACGUCUAUUGGGUGACAGAGAAGCGAGCUGUGCCUACUGCAUUUCGUUUGUUUACAGGAUCAGCAUGGAUCGCACUAUCUCGCGCCUUUAUGGAACAUACCAUCAUGGGCUGGGAUAACCUUCCACGCACAGUCCUUAUGUACUACGCAAAUUUUGUGUCAUCACCUGAAGGCUACUUCCACACUGUGAUUUGCAAUAGCGAGGAGUUUCGUAACACAACUGUAAACCACGACCUUCACUUCAUUGCUUGGGAUACCCCACCCAAGCAACACCCCAUAUCCCUCACCGUGAAUUUCUUUGAAGCUAUGACAACGAGCGGAGCGCCGUUCGCCCGGAAAUUCGACAAGGACGAUCCAGUACUGAACAAAAUUGACGCCGAGCUUCUCAAUCGGACUAGGGACGGGUUCAGUCCUGGCGGCUGGUGUGUGGGUUCACACAAUAAUCCGUGUUCAGUUCGAGGGGAUUACUCUGUACUAAGACCUGGACCCGGUGCUCGCAGGUUAGAGGAUCUUAUUGUGCAGCUCCUCUUACCCGAAAGAUUUCGAUCGAGCCAAUGUGCUGGUGUUUAAAGUUUCAACAUUAGCGGGUGUCAGAGAAAGACCUCCGUUCUCUACGAAUGGGAACUCUUGGAUGGUGAGGACUUUAAUAAGUUGUUGACAUUGCUAUCUAAAUGUCUUUCAGAGAACUACAGAAAUGAAGGGGAGGAGGCAAGAAGUUGGACCUCUCCUUACGGUCGUGUCGUGGAUUCUCCACCUUCUUAGGAAGAGUGCCGCAUUCUUUGGAUCCCAUGAACCUGAUCAGCUUCCUCGUCUGACGCCUGCUGUUGACAGUAUCUCCUGGGUUCUUCUUUGUGAUAACUGCCCUGGAGAGCCUGCGGUGAGGAUCAAUGGCCCCUGCUAACGACAUCUUUACUCUUUAUCUCGAAGAGACUUAAGUUUCUGCCUUUUGGGCACGAGUUUACACCAUCUCGCGUAGUUUCUCUUCACACGAAGUACUUUUCGUGCAUUGAAAAUAAGAUUAGGGUAGAGAGUACCUUACGCAAGUGAAAUGUCCAUAUUUGUAGCGGCGGACUGAGAAUCUGAAGAAGUCCAGCUUUAGAGCAUCAGGAGAUCAGCUCCAAGCAAGGCAAAUGUAUAGAAGAAUGUAACUGAAAUGGUCAUCAUAUUUGAUACAGAAGGCAUGGAUAUCCAACAUAUGUAAGGUUUUCCUUCUAAUUCACACAGGGCUCAUUCAAGCAGACUUGCGGUUCAACGUU